AUCAUAACGUACCUGGAUAUACACAUAUGCUUAUACUAUCGGAGGUAUGCAUACCAAAAGUGUACCCUGGAAGUAUACGCUGCGCUGAAAAUGUUCCUGUAAGAGAUGGAAAGGCACUGUAUACCUUCAGGGUCAACUUUGGUGUGACGUUCAGUGCAAGGAGAGCGGCGUUUGCAGGCUACACGUUGACCAGAUCAAAGGUCAGACAAACAGGUGAGGUGAGCGGUGAAGACGGCGAGGACAGUGUUGCGUCCUGCCUUCCUCUUGGGCAUGAAGCACGUGGCUGCUUACGUACUCACUGCUCCUUCCCCCAGCAAUACAGUUUGUUUGGUGACAGAGCGUGAUUUAGGCAACCUUUUUUUCCUCUGACUCCCCUUCACCACAGCCACGAAACUCUUGUCAUGGCACCCCAUUCCCUCUUCCCCAAGCUCGAGGCGACCGUCCUCGUGGAUGGCCGCCCCGUCAAAGAACAUACUGACCAGGAAGACGCUAACUCCGAAAGCAAGGUCGUCUACAUCGAGGCCGAAGCGGGCGAGCAAUUUGGCGUUCGAUUCUUCAUCCCCGGCUACGUCUUCGACCACCACAGCAUCAAGGUCAUUGUCAACAUUGACGGUGUUGACAUGCGCAAGUUCAUCUUCGAGAAGCACAAGUACAACCUCUACGGCAUCUCAAGACAGGUCAAUGACAGCAGCGCGCUUAUCGGUCACAAAUAUGUCGGCCAGUGCUUCCGCUUCGCUGAGCUCAACACUUACGACGAGAACCACGAGAUCGACCACGAGCUUUGGAAGCAGCUGAAAUGGACUGGCAACAUCUCAAUCACUUUCCAUCGGGUCACUAACGUACGCCUCGCCCGCGGGUGGAAGAACGUACCGUCUAUGAGAGAGUACGAUGAGGUCCCUGAGAAGGCACUGAAAGGCUCGUCUGUCUCGCACAAGACGACCCUGGACCCGCUGCACCGCAUUGCACCCGUCACGUUCAUGGAUGCAGAUUAUGUCGACAGCCCUUCUCGCCCUCUUGCUGAGAUUGAGUUCCGGUACCGGUCCAAGCAAGCUCUCAAGUAUCUGUCUAUCAUCCCUCGCACGCCUAGCCCGGAGCCCGUCAAGGAAGAUUUGUUGGAGGAGCAGGUACAGAAGAUCUACCUCAAGCACGAGGAGACCCAGGCUCGUAAGCGCGACCAUCCCGAUGACGACUAUGAAUACGAAGACGUGGAGAUGGUAGAGGAGCGACCCGCGAAGCGACGUUGCUUCCCCACCAGCACCGACGAAGUUAUAUCGCUUGACUGAGGACACUUCGAAGGCACAUUAUGGCAUCGUACAGCAGGCAGCGCGUAUGGAAUGCUGAAUACGGAGCAUUCACUGGAUACAAAGUUUUCACUGAAACAGUACCGUGAACUACAAGCAGGCUCAUCUACCGCCCGGGUUCAUGUUCACUAGCAUAGCAUCGGAUACUGAGAGU